AUGGAACUGGACACUGGCUCAGCAUUGCCCAUUAUAUCCUUAGAAGACUACAAGAAACACUUCCCUCAACUGAAACUCAAAUGUACAACAGUGAGACUGAAAACAUACACAGGUCAGAGAAUCAAUCCACUGGGAAAACUGAAAGUACGGGUGAAAUAUGAGAACCAAAGGUGCAACCUUGAGCUGUAUGUGCUUAAGUACGGAGGUGUACCAUUGUUUGGACGACAGUGGCUGAAGCACAUCUGCCUCAGUUGGCAAGAAAUAAAGGCCAUGCGAAUUGCCAACAAAGAGAAAAGCCAGUGUGCAGAUGAAAAACUGGCACAAAUACUGGACAAACAUGCAGAAGUGUUCAGAGAGGGCAUAGGUACCCUAAAACACAUAAAGGCACGGAUUGAGCUUGAGGACAAUGCAAAGCCAAGGUUUCAUAAGGCACGUCCUGUCCCAUAUGCCUUACGGCCAAAAGUGGAUGCAGAGCUCCAGCACCUGGUGGACCAAGGAAUUUUAUCCAAGGUGGACUGGUCUGAGUGGGCCACGCCCAUUGUGCCUGUCAGCAAAAAGACAGCUGACAAAGUGCGUAUCUGUGGUGAUUUUAAGGUGACAGUAAACCCUGUACAUGCAGAUCAGUAUCCACUCCCACGGAUAGAUGACAUUUUUGCUUCCUUGACACAUGGUGAGCAUUUCUCCAAGAUUGACCUUGUACAGGCCUAUCUACAGAUGGAAGUGGAGAAGUCAUCAUGUAAAUAUUUGACCAUAAACACUCACAAGGGUCUAUAUCAGUAUAGCCGGCUAGUGUUUGGCAUCACCAGUGCUCCAGCGAUUUGGCAACGUGCCAUGGACCAAGUUUUGCAAGGGAUACCGGGCACCCAGUGCUACCUUGAUGACAUCAUCGUGACAGGCCCAGAUAAUGCCACUCAUUUGGCAAACUUGGAUGCUGUUCUGACAAGGCUAGAAGAAUAUGGAUUGCAAGCCAAAAGGAGCAAAUGUGAGUUCUUUAAAGACUCAAUUGAGUACUGUGGACACAAAAUCAAUAAAGAUGGUCUUCACAAAACUCAGGACAAGAUUGAUGCUGUCCUGAAGGCUCCAGAGCCAGAAAAUGUGAGCCAGCUACGCUCAUUUCUGGGUCUUGUAAACUACUACCAUAAGUUUCUGCCAAACCUUUCAACUGUGUUACACCCACUGAACGCACUGCUGCAGCAGAACACCAAGUGGAGCUGGAACAGGGACUGUACACAGGCAUUUGCAGCAGCAAAACAGCUCAUAACCUCAGAUGAAGUGUUGACACACUAUGACCCAUGCCUCCCACUUUGCCUGGCUUGUGAUGCAUCACCAUAUGGCAUUGGUGCUGUGUUAUCACACAAAAUGACUGAUGGCUCAGAGCGACCCAUUGCAUUUGCAUCACGGUCCUUAACAUCAGCUGAGCGCAAUUAUGCACAAAUUGACAGAGAAGCUUUAAGCCUGGUAUGGGGUGUGAAAAAGUUUAACCAGUAUCUCUAUGGAAGACAUUUUAUACUGAUAACUGAUCAUCAGCCUCUAAUAUCCAUCUUCAGUCCCCAGAAAGGUGUUCCGGCCAUGUCAGCUGCACGUCUACAACGGUGGGCUCUAUUUCUAGGAGCACACACAUACACGAUUGAAUAUAAAGGUACUAAGCUCCAUGGAAAUGCAGAUGGUUUAUCUCGCCUUCCACAAGCAAAAUCUGAAAAAGCCAUUGACCCAGCUGUAGUGCUACACAUGUUGCAGAUGGAACCUCUUCCUGUUACCAACGCACAGGUUCAAAAAGAGACAAGAAAUGACCCUGUCCUGGCCAAAAUCUAUGACCUGACAGUGCAUGGAUGGCCAUUACAUGGAGACACCCAGUUCCCAGAGUACUCUACAUGACGAGAUCAGCUUUCUGUGUGCCAAGGGUGCAUUCUGUUGGGGUCCCGUGUUGUUGUUCCCCCAAAACUACGCCCAAGGGUGCUUAUGUCAUUACAUGAAGGGCACCUUGGUGUAGUUAAAAUUAAAAGCCUUGCCAGAAGUUAUGUGUGGUGGCCUGGCAUGGACAGCCAAAUCGAAAACCUUGCCAGGUCAUGCACAGGUUGUCAGCAGACCCAGCGCCAACCACAGCCAGCACCUGUCCACGCAUGGGAGUGGCCAGUUACUCCCUGGCAACGCAUCCAUGUCGAUUAUGCAGGCCCAUUUUUGGAUCAUAUGUUUCUCAUUGUGGUCGACGCCCAUUCAAAGUGGCCUGAAGUCUUUAUUAUAAAGAAAGCAACUGCUACUAAUACAGUGAACCUCCUGCAGAUGCUUUUUGCUCGCACAGGCUUGCCUCUGCAACUGGUGAGUGAUAAUGGCAGCCAAUUCACAGGGGACGAGUUUUGGUGUUUUCUCAAGAGCAAUGGCAUAAAACACAUUGCGACUACACCACAUCAUCCUGCUACUAAUGGACUAGCCGAACGCUUUGUUCAAACAUUCAAACAGUCCAUGAAAGCAAGCAGGAAGGAGGGACUGUCGUUACAACAGAAGGUAACUAAUUUCCUUCUUGCAUACAGAAACACUGUACAUACCACGACAGGACAGACACCAGCAAUGCUGUUUAUGGGAAGAAGUCUGAGGUCACGCUUGGAUUUAUUAAAACCGGACAUUCACAAACAUGUUCAGGAGAAACAGUGUUCUCCCAGUCAGUUACAAAGGAAGUUGAGAACCUUUGACAUCAGACAGAGAGUCCUUGCCAGAGACUAUCGCACUCCUACCAAGAAAUGGCACCCUGGUGAGAUACUAUCACAGACAGGACCCCUGACAUACACCGUUACUGUAGGGCCCAACAUGAUCUGGCGCAGGCAUGUCGACCAACUUCUAGAUACCUUAGCUGGAGAUGUCACUGCACAACCAGAGGGUCCCGACACUCCUCAGGACUCAGAGGAGACCCCCACGACACCAGAUUGUGCUCCUGUCACCAGUGACACUCAGGUUCCAGAAAAUGUGGACUCUACUCACCAAAGUGUAACUGACCCUGAAUCCUCUGCACGCCGCUACCGAGAAAGAAACUGCAGACCACCUCAGAGGCUGGAUUUAUAG